GAGGCCGGAGGGGCGCCAGUGCUCUCCAAGACUCAGUCACGCUCGGUGCUCGGUGCCCGGUGCCUCUCGCUGAUAGCGCGCUCGCUCACGCAACCCUCGAUCUAUGUACGAAUCCAUCGCGUUUUGAAAUCAUUCAAGUGUGCCAGUGAUAAUUUCGAUAGCGUCUCGCCAAUCGGGCAUCGAUAGCUAUAUACUCGGACGAUAAAGUGUCGGCGCGUUGCCGAAUCGUGCCGAAUUCAAGUUUUUCACGCUGACGAAACGUCGAGAUAAAUUCUACGAGUGUGAAUUUACACGGGAUUCUGUUACUAUUAUUACAUUAUCCUUGUGUGAGUUGGUAGUGUAAGAAAUUAGUGAUCGAAGAUGAGGCCUAAGGAGGAGGCGGCGGACACUAAAGUCCAAACAGGAGGGACUUUUAUAUUGUCCGAAAAAAUAGACGAUACCAAAACGAAGAAAACUGAAAAGGAAAUAAAGAAAGAGAUGAAGAGAUUAGAAAAAGAGAAGCAGGAACGGGAGAAGAGGGAAAAGAAGGCCAGAGAAAAGGAAAGGGAACGUGAAAAGCAAGCUAAAAAAGGCAAGGUGGUGUGCGGCGCGUGCGGCGGCAAGUGCAGCGGCGAGGUGCUGCGCGUGUCCGACAAGUACUUCCACACGGCGUGCUUCACGUGCCGCACGUGCGCCGCCUCGCUCGCCAAGGGCGGCUUCUUCUGCAAAGACGGACACUACUACUGCCCGCAGGACUACCAGCGCGCGUUCGGCACGCGGUGCGCUGCGUGCAACCAGUACGUGGAGGGCGAGGUGGUGUCCGCGCUUGGGAACACCUACCAUCAGAAAUGUUUCACUUGCGCCAGAUGCAAGCGCGCGUUCCCGUCGGGCGAGAAGGUGACGUACACGGGCGCGGAGGUGGUGUGCUCGGCGUGCGUGGCGGCGCCGCAGCGGCAGACGGCGCGGGCGGCGCGCGAGCCGCUCGCCGAGCCCGCGCCCGAGCCGCGCCCCCGCGACCGCGCGCCCGCGCCGCCUCUCAACAACCACGCGCCCGCACACGCCGCCGACGCCGCACACGCCGCACACGCCGCCGACCAGAACGGUGAGCGACGCGGGCCCGCCCGAGAAUGCGCGGGCUGCGGGCAGGAGUUGUCAGAAGGACAGGCCCUGGUCGCCUUAGAUAGGCAGUGGCACACGUGGUGCUUCGCGUGCGGCGAGUGCGGCGCCGUGCUGCAGGGCGAAUACAUGGGCCGCGGCGGCGUGCCGUACUGCGAGCGCGACUACCAGCGCCUGUACGGCGUGCGCUGCGCCUACUGCCAGCGCUACAUCUCCGGCAAGGUCUUGCAGGCGGGCGACAACCACCACUUCCACCCGACGUGCGCACGCUGCAGCAAGUGCGGCGACCCGUUCGGCGACGGCGAGGAGAUGUUCCUGCAGGGCGCCGCCAUCUGGCACCCGCGCUGCGGGCCCGCGCCGCACGACCCGCUCGCGCUCGCGCUCGGCCUCGACCGCGCCUCCUCCGAGAUGCAGUUCUCGCUGCGCUCGCGCACGCCCAGCGUCAACGGCUCCUACGGCAGCCCCUACAGUAGCCUCAACAGGAAGUAUGGGCAGUACGGCACGUACGGGCGCGCCGUGUCGCCGGGGCUGCAGCUGCGCGAGUACCGGUCGGCGGGCGAGUGCAGCCCGCACCGCAUCACAACGUACUCGUACCUGGCGGCCGAGCCGGGCUACCUGCGGCGGCCGCUACAGCCAUACGACCGGCCGCCCACGUCGCCACACUUCCACCGGCCGCCGUCGGCCGCGUCGGGCGGCUCAGGCACGCGGCCGUCGUCGCGCGCCGCCAGCAAGGCGUCCUCGCGCCCCGGCAUGCGCGCGCUCGUCGACUCCAUCCGCAGCGAGACGCCGCGCCCAAAGUCGCCGCACAUGAACAACGAGGAACCUAUCGAGCUGUCACACUACCCGGCUGCGUACAAGCCACCGCCCGGCACCAAGCCCAAGAUCGAGCGCGACGACUUCCCUGCCCCACCCUACCCCUACACAGAUCCAGAACGGCGGCGGCGGUGGUCGGACACGUACAAGGGCGUGCCAGAGAGCGACGACGAGCCCGACACCAACGGCGUCGCCAACGGACACGCCGCCGAUGCGCGCCUGCAGCGCGAGCAGCGGGAGCUGGCCAAGCUCGACAGCGGACUCGCGCAGGUGAUUCUGAAAGAUGUCAAAGAACGUGAAAAGUUGCAGCAGUGGAAAAAACAGAACUUGGACCCGAGGAACGCGAGCAGGACGCCGUCGGCGGCGCGCGAGCCGGCGUACCGGCUGCGCUACUCGUCGCCCGUGGGCGCCUCGCCCUCGCGCUCGCUCGACCACCCGCGGCCCGCGCUCUCCGCCGCCGGCUACUACGACCAGCCCUCCUACAACGCGGGCCCGGCGGCGCCGCGGGCCGAGCGCGGGCUGCGCGCCAGCACGCUGCCCGCCGGCGUGCCGCGCCGCGCCUGCCACGGCGACUUCACAUUCAGCGGGAUGGGCGACAAAACGCACAGCACCGACUUCAGUAGCGGCAAGUCAGACAUAUCUGCCGGCUCCAUUACAGACGUGGACAGGAGUGCUGUGACGACGGAGGGCAUGGCGGUGCGCGGCGGCAGCGCGGCGACCGGCCCGGCGGGCGGCGCGGGCGGCGUGGUCGGCGCGGGCGGCGCGGCGCCGGGGCUGGGUCCUCGCGCCGGCGUGCGCCGCUCGCUGCCCAACAUGGCCACGUCGCACCUGCUGCACGAGCCCGCCAAGCUCUACCCAUACCACCUGCUGCUCAUCACCAACUACCGCCUGCCGCCCGACGUCGACCGCCUCAACCUCGAGCGCCACUUGUCGGACGCGGAGUUCGAGGCGAUCCUGCAGACGACGCGGCCGGAGUUCUACCGGCUGCCGCAGUGGCGCCGCAACGAGCUCAAGCGGCGCGCCAGGCUCUUCUAGGUCUUGCCGCCACCACCACCACCACCACCGCCACCACAGCCGCCUCGACGACCAGACAUUCGCAAUAUAGCUGUAUAUUAAUAAAAGUAGCUACUAUACGGUGACCAAGAUAAGAAUAGGCCUGAUUAAUUAUGACGGCUUACCUCUCAAUAGUAGUAAUUUAUCUCCCCCACCCCCUCUGUCUCUAAUACGUGGAGUACACUUUACAAUGUCAGUAUUUUAAUAUCGAGGCACGGAUUGUUCUCGUCUAGGGGGUAUCAUAUUAAAUUUUGUAACGAAAAAAUGAACUAUUACUAUUAUCUUGUUGAAUAUGUCUGCGCCUCAAAUAAGAUGUCAGUUUUAAAACAUUUUAGAGUUGGUGACUGAAAUAAAAUCAACGUCGAUAUGACGAAUAAUUGCUACCUGGAAAACAAAGCGGCAAACCUCUCCGUAGUUGUGUGUACAGAAUUAAUUUUCCUUUCUUUUAAAGUGUUGUGAAGCCAGCCACGUUCCUAUUCUUAUUUUGGAUCGCAUUUUGAGUUUAUUUAUGUCAAAAAUAAUGAUAUUGUGGUAUAUACUGAUUGUAUUUUGUAAUACAGCUGUCGGCGGGGCUAGCGAGGGUGUUAGGUGUGAGGGCGCGGGGCGCGGGGCGCGGGGCGCGGGGCGCGGGGCGUCGUGUGCAUGUGUGCGUGGAUACUAUUAUUUAUGAGUGAAUGUGUAUCCCCGCGCGCCGCGCUGUGUCUCGCAUGUUGUACUGCGACUGCGGCCACAUUAGUGACUGUCGCACACGAGUCAGUGCGCCGCUAGUGUCUCGCGUAAGUCCUCGUCAGCGCUGUACUCGCUCGCAGCCGCAGCGAGCGCGACGCAUUUUUAUUUAGUUUAAGUAAUAUAGUGAUGAUAUUAAUACCUAUUCGCAUAAUAAUUUUUAUUAUAAUUACCGUGCGUGCGUGUGUGUGUGCGUGCGUGCGUGCGUGCGUGCGUGUCGUGUAGGGAGAGUUCAUAGAACUGGCCGAUGCCUUGUUUUGAUAAAUUAUAUAAUAUAUAUAUUGUGAUCGGUGUGAGCGCGUGUACCACUUUGUUUUAGUGAUAACCAAAUAUAUUACGAUGUAUAAGACGCAUUAUUUGCUUUAGGUAUUAAGUUGGGAUAAUGACUUUGUCGCCGUGUAUAAUAGCAGGUAGCUGGCAAGUGUAGCUCUGUUCACGGGUGGGCCGUGGGACGCGGGCCCGUGUGGAUAAAAGUUACGCUGAGAGGGUCUCGUGCGACGGCACCGCCGCUCAGUACUACGCUCGUGUCGAUUUUCGAUUUUUUUAUAUAUUGAUUGUAAAUGUAUACAUUUAAAAAGGUGCUAGGUGUCAGUGUUAAUUAAUGCAAUGUCUCAAAGCCGCUGUGAGUGUAUCGCGCACGUCCGCAGCGCGGGCCGCUGCGUCUACACCGCCGACGUUAUGAGUAGCCCUAAGUCUCGUCAGUUAGUGUCGCACGUUAUCAAUUCUUUUAAGUAUCCCUUUUUACGCCUCCCAGCAGUUUAUCUAAGUUGUCGACGUGUCUCCCGGUGGGUGGGUGGGCACUAUUGCGUGGCUAUUGCUGGCCGUGUGUCGGAUGUACGCGGUCGCUACAACCCUAUAGUUUACUUAUUUGUCGAUGUAGUAACCCUCACCAUGUCUGUUAUUACCAACACAUGUGAUGUUCCUAGACUGUGAAUAAAUGCGUUUGUGUACGUUUGCGAUCAGUAUGUGUGUGUGUGUGUGUGUGUGUGUGUGUGUGUGUGUGUGUGUGUGUGUGUGUGUGUGUGUGCGUGCCUGCGUGUGUAUGCGCGUAUGUUUGUGCGCAUGCGUCGACUCGCCUCGUGCGAACGGGAAUUACAUCAUUGUUUUUAAUUUUAUUCUAGGCAGGUAACAUUUUCGUUUGCAAUGUAGUUGAUUAUGAAAUUAUAUAGGAUUUUUUAUUAAAUAUGUGACGGCUUACGCUAUUUGAAUAGUGGAUAAGGUAAGGUAAGGUUAGAUAGCUUACAAUCAAUUGAGAUGCCUAAUAUGUUACCAACAGCAGCGGUGGCGGCGGCGGCGGCGGCGGCCCGGGCCGCUGCAUCGUUGCACCGCCCGCUUCCAUUACAUGUCAAAUAAUGUUCAUUAUAUUUCAAUACAACUAUCCAAUGAAUCGUAUCCUUCGCCUUCUAUUGAUAACGACUCCAUUGUCCAACACUCUUCUACAACUAAACAUAAUACGAUAUUGAAUAUCGUCAUAUACUUGUUUGUAUAUUUAAUUAUAAUAUGUUAUUGUACGUAAAGUACGAGUUGGACGGUCCACGAGUCUAUUACAACUUUAUGAAUGUUUCAUUCGCACUCGAAGCGCUGGAGCGCGGCCGGCGGGUGUCGUCGUCGACACCAGCGCUCGCUCGCUCAUGAACCAUUUCAUUUGGUAAAACUAAAAGGAGAUACUAUGAAUGGGAUCGCUGUGCAUGGCCAUAGUUCAUACGAAUGGCAGCUAAUAGACAUGAUGUAGAGAUGGGCGACGUGGAGUGGAGCGCGAGUGCAACAUGGCUCGAUAGCUUAGUACGUGUAGUAAGUAGACAGCGCACGGUAGUGAACGCCGGCUUGCAUACGUACUCGUACACGGGUGCGCUAGCCGCCUGUACGGACGCACUGAACUAUAUAAUGUAUACUUACUGUAAUUAUGUACAUGUAUAUAGAGUUUAUUUUGUAAUAACGCUUAUAUUAAUGUGUAUGUGUGGUGUACGGCCGGCGUGGCGCGGGGCGGGGCGUGCCUGCAGCUACACUGCCGUACUGUGUCGUAACAUGCAUGCGCCCCACGGUUGCCAGAUACGACUUUACAUUUUUACCCUAACGACAAAUAUCUGUCUCCAAAUCGAUACGAUUUCCAAGAUUAUGAUGCAAUAAUAAACUUUUAUCGUUGUUGUACACUACGUUUUGCCAUGUGCCAUAAAUUGAACGACCAAAACAGGCCACCACGUUUUUCUACUUUUACCUUCUUUUCUCCUUCUCUAAUCUCAUCUUUUGUUUCUCUAUUGCUAUUCAUAUAUUUUACUGCAUUUAUAUACUUCUAUACACUUUACCAGUAAAUACUAAAACUUUACAAUAAAUUAUGCAAAUUUUUCCAAGUCUAUUUAAUUUUUGCCCAAAAUUUUCUAUAAAAUUUCGCGAACAGAAUUUUUUUACUUAAAAUUACGAAAGAAAUACCCAAUCUGGCAACCCUGACGCGCCCGAUCAUUUCAGAUACCUAAUAUAAUUUUAAUAUAUAUUUAUAAUUUUAUUAUCUUCACGGAUUUGGAAGUGUCAAGUGAGAGGUAUUUUAUUCGAGGAUUUAAAAUGGAAAUUAUGCUUUUAAAGUAAUAAAACUUGCAUUUCCGAUUAA